AUGGACGACUUGCGUACAUUUUUAGAAGAAGGUGGAGCGCUGGUUUGCGGAGUAGCUCCCUGGAAUUGGUUAUACUUCAAUAAGGAGAAAUCGCUUUCGGAUUUCACAGCUGAUCGUUUUUGUGAUUCUGUUGGUGUCAAAGUGACCGGUAAUUUGGCUGGUUGUGAUAAUUCAAUUCCAUUUAAACCUGAUUUGAUCAAAUUCAAAAAUGUUUCCAAUGUUGCUCAGGCACUGGCGAGCGAACCGAAUAAUGGCGAAUAUCUGGCUAUCAUCGGAUCGACAAUCAAGGAACUAGGCGAUACGUUGCCUGAUUUAUCGAUUGAAACUCUACAAAAUAUGAUUCUGAAUGCUGGAAAUGAUUUUAUCCCAACGAAAGUAUCUCCAAUUAAAGAUAAAUCAUUUCGACAACGAUCGAUCGGUCUGUGUGGUAUUUUAUGUGGAUUAUCUGAUACUAAAGCUCCUGAUGAUGAUUUUGAUGAUUCACCGUGUAUUGAAACAGAUGUCACGGUUGAUAUUCAGUCAAAGGCGGCCAAUGAAUGGUAUUGCAUAGGAUACUAUGUGCCUGCGGGUAUUACUAUACAAAUCGUCGUAUCAGAACAAAUUGGUGCAAGUGGAUGGUCAGCUCGAAUUGGUUGUCAUAGUGAUGAUCUCGUGAGUUGCAAUGAAUUACGUCGAUGGCACUGCAUUUCUACAUGCAAAUCGCUGUCUGGUACUACUGUUCAAAUGAGUUCAGCUUUUGGUGGUCUUCUCUUUCUUGAGAGUCCUGCUGGUGAAUCGAAUUCCAUUAGUGUUAGUCUUCAGAAUGUUGUUCUAACACCUACUUACGAUCUCAUGGAUUCGGAUCGAGUAGAACGUUGGGAAGAUCUACGUGUUCGUGCACAGGGUCUAUGGACAGAGAUAUUGCUGGCCAAUACAUUGUUUUCAAUCUUCCGUCGCAAAGCAUGCGCCAUUUAG